UCAGCGCGAUGUGUCUGAAAUUGUCAAGAGUGCCCGAGGCAGCAACCGGCUGCAGCAGGCUUGCUUAAUUUCCUCUGACUAACCUUGCUCGUACUGGAAUCCAGAAACUGUGCAAUGCAGCAGUUCCAGAGUCGCCAGUCUGUCCGCAGGCCAGCAGCAGGGGAGGGAGCCUAUUCCACUGCCAGCAAGUCCAGGACCAAUGAUGGAGAAGAGGAUGAUUUUUUUGCCACGUUGACUGCCAUCGAACAGAAGCAGGAGAUCAUGAAGCGAUCAGACUACACACUGCCUCCUGAGGACUCCAGCGACUUGCUUCCACCUCAAGCAUCUGGACACAGUGAGAAGCUGAAGGUCUCACACAAGGAGCUGCUGCUGCUCUAUGAGGACAUACUCUACACCCUGAUCCAUCAAACCGGUGUUCCCUCCGUAACACACAUCACAAAUCAAGAGGAGAUGAUCCACUAUAUCCAGAAGGUCUUCAAGCUUGACAUGUGUGACCAUGAAGCCAUGAUGUGCACAGUGAAAGAGGCAAAGGCACCCUCCCUCACCCUGAAGGUGACUGUCAUGGAGGCAAGAAACCUGUUAGCCAAGGAUGCCAACGGUUUCAGUGAUCCCUACUGUAUGCUGGGAAUCACUCAGGGACAUGCCACACAGGAGGUGGAAGAGAAGAAGGGUCGAAAAUUCAGCUUUAGAAGGAAAAGGGAGAAGAUGGAAAAGAGGUCUAGCCUCAAGAAUGUAUUGCCUGCCAAAUACAUCCAGGUCACGGAUGUCAAAUCAAACACGUUGAAUCCUGUGUGGAAUGAGAGCUACGUAUUUGAAGUGGAUGACAUCCACAGUGACCAGCUCCACCUUGACAUUUGGGACCAUGAUGAUGAUGUUUCAGUUGCCGAGGCAUGUAAAAAUCUAAAUCAGAUCAGUGGUUUGAAAGGAAUGGGCAGAUACUUCAAACAGAUCAUGAAGUCGGCUCGAGCUAACGGAUCAUCGGGAUCACAGGAAGAAAACAUUGACGAUUUCCUUGGCUGCCUCGAUAUUCCUGUCAGUGAAAUUCCUGUUGAAGGGAUUGAUACGUGGUAUAAAUUGGAGCCUCGAUCAAGCUCUUCUCGGGUUGAAGGGGACUGUCACCUCAUUCUUUCACUGACCAUGAUGCAGAGGGAUACGGAGUUAUGCAAGAUGAUGGGACCUGUGAUGAUCCACGAGUUGCUGCUGAGGCAGCUACUAACAACCGAGCUUCCCAAAUUAAAGAAUGAUUGGAGCAGCUUCCGUGGGGGCCUCAGCAAGCAUGCUGUCACCAUCCUCUCCCAACAUGCUAUGCAAAUUGACCUUUCACCUCAACAAAAGGCAUCUGUUGAGUGGCUGGCUUACAGCAAACAUCACCAGCUCCAGUCUGUGGACUAUGGCUUCCUUCACCAGUUGCUUGAGGACCUGGAUCAGAAGUUAGACUUGAACUUCCUCACUCAAGAGCAGGAAGAGUCACUGAGUGAUAGUUUUGUCCUUUUCAUCGACUACUGCUGGAUGUUGCUACAGAGGAUGAGGCAGGUCUUUCCUUUCAAUGCUCCAAAGACACUGAAGCAGCUAGAACUGAUGCUGAGGUGCUUGCUGAAGAUUUAUUCCAUGGAGGCCUUUAAAAUACUCUGCCCAGUUCACAAGCCACUCCAUGUGGAGUUAGUUGCGACAGUAAAGAAAUCCACAGUUGAAUGGUACGAGAAAAUGCGUGAUAGCUUCAAACCAGAAACCAAGUCAGAUCAGGCUCGGCUGAGGGCUCUGGUCCAGUUGGUCGACACAGUUUGCACAGAUUUGCGUAAAAAGCAAAAACUAUACAGCAAAAUAUUUCUAAGUGUUGUGAAGAUUGAUUACCUCAGUUUGACCUAUCAACAGCUGGAGAAACUGGUUGCAGAAGAUGUCCUGACACUAAUGGGGGAGCUGGGAGCAGCCAUGGAACAGGAGAGAUCAAGAAUGACCCAGCAGAUCGCAGAGACCCUGUUCGAGCUGUACCUGUCUCUGAAAGAAGUGAAGCAGUUCAAGGAAUUUCUGCCAUUGAAGGACUCGGAUCUGGAACUUGGGAAUUUCCAUGACUGGUUCCAGAUAUCUAUUAACAAGUGGCUACACAUUGUUUAUGAGAAGGCAUGUGAACGAAUCACAAAGGCAGUGAUGGUGGAUCAGCUUGAUCCUGUUGACGCACUGUCCAAACACAGCAGCUCAGCUGUCGAUGUGGUGACCUGUUUCACUCAGAUCAAGAGCUUCUGGCUGCAGCUGGCCUGGCCUGACCCGAUGGGAGCUUUUGUGUUUGUAACAAAGAUUACUGACGAUAUUUGUAAUACAGCCGUGAUGUACUCAGAAAUGAUCAGACAAAAAGCAGAUGAUCAGAAGAAAAUUACACAACAGCUGUGCAUUGUCCUGAAUAACAUCGAGCACGUGCACAAGUACAUCUGGAAUCUGCCGAAGGAGUUGGAGUGGCAGGAGGUGGAGACCUCAGUUGAGCAGCUGUGUGGGCUGGAAGGGAAGCAGCAGGUGCGGAGAGCACUGGACACCCAGCUACAGAGCAUCGAUGCAGGCAUGCAGCGGCAGUCCAACUACAUGAUCAACCAGCUGGUGGAGAAGAUGGUCAUUGACUUGCGAAAGUACAUUCAGCACAUUAGCUUGUCUCCGGAUUCCAUCCAACCUGAUGAUGUACGUGACAUGGCAGUGUCUCCACUGAUGAAAUUCCUGGAUGAUAACCUAAUCAUCCUCAGCGAAUGUCUUGUUCAGGAGAACCUCUGCAGGAUAUUGACUACUCUGUGGAAAUUGCUGUUGGAUUUGAUUGCUGAAGCAUUGGCUACAAAUACUGGGGUGUCUGUUGAAUUCUACGAGCGAUUUCACUUUACUCUGGAGGCUCUUGUGCUGUUUCUUCAUGCUGAAGGACAGGGAUUGCCACUUCACAGCUUACGGAAUGAAAGUUACAAGGCUCUGAAGGAGGAGUUGCAUCUAAACAAAUGCUCAACACAGCAGCUAAUUGAAAAAGCCUAUCAGGCAAAGAUACAACAGCAGAAAUCCCUGGAGCCAACGCCAUAUGGAAUGCUUUGCAUUAAAUGCUACUAUGAAGCUGCUGAGCACAAGCUGUACAUUGAAAUCUUACACGCUACAAACCUGAUUGCCUUGGAUGCAAACGGUCUCAGUGAUCCUUUUGUCAUCAUCGAACUCGCUCCUCAGCACAUCUUCCCAGGAGCAAAGAGCCAGCGAACACAAGUCAAGAAUAAAACACUGCACCCUAUUUUCGACGAACAGUUUAACUUCACGGUGACGGAAGAGAUGUGCAGCAACAACAUUGCUUGCAUUCACUUCACAGUCAUGGACCACGACUGGCUGUCAACCAAUGACUUUGCAGGAGAGGCUGUGCUGCUGCUACAGGAGAUUCAUGGGUUCCAAAAACCUGCCAUUGCUGGCGGAAUAAAAAAUGUCUCUCCGGUUUUUCUAAAACUGACUCACCCUGAUCUCAGUGUGAUGAAACCAAUCAUGAAGAUACUGGAAGGACGCACUGGUGAUAAAGAAGCGCAGGAUUUUGUCAAGAUUAUGAAGGAGAUGGAAGUGUCUCCAGAGUAAACCAAGCAAAUUUUAAAUGUGUAAAAGAUUCAGACACACAGAAAUGCGUAAAGUGUUGGAGUCAUGAUUUGUAAAUGUGACAUUAAAGUUGUUCCAGACCCCCUCAACAUUGAGACUCUAUUGACCCAUUGCCGCAAGGCAGGGUAAGGGGCAAUAUUUGUCUUGUGCUGCAAGCACAAGAGAGGCAGUGAUAUCGAUCUAGUUCCAUAGGUAUGUUGGGGCUAGGGAAAUAAUGAUCCAUUGGCACAGGGAUGAUCAAAUACAGUAGGGAUAAUGUUGAUCUAAUGCUGUGGAGGUGAUCCAGUGGUAUGGGAAUAAUAGUGAUCCAUCAGCGAAAGGCAAUUCAGCACAGUAGGGAUAAAACUGAUCCAGUGCUGGGGGGGGGGGGGGGGGGGGGGG